AGCGGGGCCGCUCCUAGCGCGACGCCUCCGAGGGAGUUUGGCAGCGGCUUCUGCGGGAAGUCUGGUGAGCCUUCGGUAGCCAUGGGCAAGUUCACGCUGGACCCGUCGUUGCAGAUGAAGAUGCACCAGUACCAGAUCGUAGGCCGGGCGGCGCCCACCCCGAAGAACCCCACGCCGAAGAUCUACCGCAUGCGCAUGUUCGCGAAGAACAAGGUUUUGGCCAAGUCCCGCUUCUGGUACUUCAUGAAGAAGCUGAACAAGGCCAAGAAGAGCGGCGGCGAGCUGCUGGCCGUCAAUGAGCUCUUCGACCGCGGACCGACCAAGGUCAAGAACUACGGGGUCUGGCUGAGGUACGAGAGCCGCACGGACACGCACAACAUGUACAAGGAGUUCCGUGACAUCAGCAUCAACGGCGCGAUCAGCCAGCUCUACCAGGAGAUGGCCGGUCGCCACCGCGCGCAGGCGGGCUCGAUCCAGAUCAUUCACGCCACGGCCAUCCCCGCCAGCGCGUGCAGGCGCGACCACGUCACGGAGAUGCACGACUCGGGUCUGAAGUACCCUGUGAUCACGAAGCUGCCGCUGGUGGCCAAGAAGCUGCGGACAACCUACAAGGCCAGCCGGCCGAUGACGUUCGUGCGGUGAGCCCGCCCGCCACGGAGAGACCCGACCGCCCGUCGUCGCGGAGUUUCGGCGUAAGCCGGGAAGAGCUUGCUGCGGGAGUGCGCGCCCAGGAAGGCUGGACGAGAA